AUGGUCAGCUCCCAGCACUUGAUUCGGCAAGCCCUCCUGAAUUCGAGGCCUAAAGUGUGGUCAGUGGAGUUGCCCAAUCUUUCUCAGUCUGGAAUUGACAAGUACUUGGACGAGGAAGCAUCGUUCUUGAAGUCAACGGCCGGAAAGAAGUAUGAUCCCGAGCGAGCACAUGACCACAUGCGUUCGAGCUUCCAGGCAUACCUAGCAGGCACUGUCCACAUGGAAUCCAACGUCGACUAUCAAGAGCUUGUGGCUGGUGCGCGAGCAAAUCUCGAAGAGUCCAACACAGCGUCGAAUACGUACGUUGCCCCCGACAAAGACCCGUUUUGUUUGGAUCCUAUCUACUGUGAGCUGUCGAGCAUGCCGUUUGGGCCAAAUGAGACCCGGCUACCUGACGAGACGGUCAACACGCGUUCACAACUGGAGGAAUGUGGUGCUUCUCACAUCGAAUCCCCCAACGAUGGGUCGGAAAGUGACUCCUCUGACCUUGAAAUUGACGAGGAAGAAGAUGCUUCAUCACUUGCUGGACCAAGGCGCCCUGGACAAUCAAGCGCAUUCGUACCGGUUGGUCCAGCAGAAGAUUACAUCAACAGACCUGAUGUCAUGUGCAAGGACAUCUCAUGGUUUGAGUUCACGUCCAAGUUCUUCCGCGCGAAUCGAGCUGAUGGUACAUCGUGCGAUAAACUCUUCAUGGAACGACAUUCCCUGCACAAGUCGAAGUGUAUUGGGGUACAUCGCUUGGCGCGUAUUCCCGUUCUAACUGAUGGUGUGCGCGUGCCAUUCUUUGGGGAUUGUUUGAAACCCGAGGAGAGCGAUUACCACGCCCAAGUUGCAUUGACUACCAUGUCGGUCGAAAAGAAGGCCGCAAAGACAAGAACGUCCAGGGAGGAAGAACAGAACAACCAAAUGGAAAACGACGAUGGUCGCACUGAGCCUGAUGACUUCGACGACAUUGACUUUGAAAACGCACUCCUGGUUGCCAGCAAGCAUCCAGCAACCAGCCACUUGGACUGUGAUGAUGCACGUGAUACCACGUCGGAAUUGUAUCAAGCAGUAUCAUCGUCGGAGAUGAGCAACCAAGUCAAGUUUCCAACAACGACACCCAUUGAUGCGGAUAUCGCAGCAUUGGUUGGUGGUCAGUCCCUCGACGAAGCGUCAACAACAGCAUCUCCAUUUUGGGUACUUGGGACCAGCGACUUCGUUGCCGUGAGCAGUUUGCGUCGGAUGUCAACGGUCUAA